UCAAAAUAAUAUAUUUCAAAUGAGUGGUCAGCAUGGUUAUCACAUGAAUUUGUUGGCUCAAAAUUAUGAAUUUGCUAUGGCCAGUCAGCCUCAUUUUGCAGAACCGAUUAUUCAACCAUCAUUCCAGCAGUUACCGAUGCACGACAAUCCAAAUUUCUAUAAUCAAUCUCACACCAAUGUGUCAUCAUAUAGUGCGACACAUGGUUUCCGUCAAUCAUUUGGUGCAGGUCCUAGCACGCAUGGUCAUCAAUCAUUUGAUGAAGGCUCAAGUAGUCAAAGACGUACUAGUAGUAGCCACGGAGAAUAUGAGGCCAGAGAAGCUGAGGCUAGCAUUGAUAUGUAUAAUGAUGCAAAUGCUGAAAUUAGCUCUGAAAAUUCAGAGGAUGACGGCCCUUCAAGAGAGGAUGAAGAGAGUGAAAGAGAAAGUGAACGUGAUGAAUAUAUCGAUGAUAGUGGAGAUUUACUUCAAAAUAAUAUUGGUGUAAAUCCUCAUAAUCAAUUUGGUCAUGGUGUGUCCAAAAUUCCAUGUUUCAGGUUUUAA